GCCCUCCGGCGUCGCUUCCUCAGGUGCAGCAGACGAGGAGCGGACGAGACUCGCUGCGCAGCCGCGGGUCACAAGGUCCAGGUGCGGCUCGGACUCGGACUCGGACUCGGACUCGGUUGCUCACGUCACGAUGCCGGAGCUGAUCCGCGUCACGGACUUUAUAUCAGAGACCAAUGAGGACUACAAGGCUCCGACCACCUCCAGCUUCUCCACCCGGAUGUCCCACUGCAGGAACACGGUGUCUGCGCUGGAGGAGGCUCUGGACCUGGAUCGAUCGGUUCUGCACAAGAUCAAGAAGUCGGUGAAGGCCAUCAGCACGUCCGGUCAGGCUCACGUGGACAACGAGGACCAGUACGUCCAGUCGCUGGACAAGUUCGGGGACAACUGCGUCCGCAGGGAGGACGGCGAGGUCGGCUCCGCCUUCCUCCGCUUCACCGUCUUCACCAAAGAGCUGUCGGCGCUCUUCAAGAACCUGCUGCAGAACAUGAACAACAUCAUCAGUUUCCCUCUGGACAGUUUGUUGAAGGGCGACUUGAAGGGCGUGAAAGGGGAUCUGAAGAAGCCGUUCGACAAAGCCUGGAAGGAUUACGAGACCAAACUGGCGAAGCUGGAGAAGGAGAAGAGGGAACACGCCAAGCAGCACGGGAUGAUCCGGACGGAGUUCAGCGGAGGAGAAAUCGCAGAGGAGAUGGAGAAGGAGCGACGACUCUUCCAGCUGCAGAUGUGUGAGUAUCUCCUCAAAGUGAACGAGAUCAAAGUGAAGAAAGGCGUCGACUUCCUCCAGAACCUCAUCAAGUAUUUCCAGGCUCAGUGCAAUUUUUUCCAGGACGGACUGAAAGCUGUGGAGAGUCUGAAACCCUCCGUAGAGAAACUGGCGACUGACCUGACGAUGAUCAAACAGACUCAGGAUGGAGAGAGGAAACAGCUGAGUCAGCUGCGGGACGUCCUGAAGGCUUCGCUGCAGUCGGAGCAGAAAGAGGACUCUCAGGCGAAGCCGAGCGCAGGUUACAGCCUCCACCAGCUGCAGGGGAACAAGGCCCACGGCACCGAGUGCUCCGGAGUCCUGUACAAGAGAAGUGAAGGGCUGAGGAAGGUGUGGCAGAAGAGGAAGUGCUCGGUGCGGAACGGAUUCCUGACCAUCUGCCACGGCACGGCUAACAGACCUCCAGCCAAACUCAACCUGCUCACCUGCCAGGUGAAGAGGAACCCCGAUGAGAAGAAGAGCUUCGACCUGUUCUCACAUGACAGAACUUAUCACUUCCAGGCCGAGGACGAAGCUGAGUGUCAGGUCUGGGUGUCGGUGCUCCAGAACAGUAAGGAGGAGGCUCUGAACAAGGCCUUCGAAGGAGAUCAGGACGAAGGAGAGAACAACAUCGUCCAGGAGCUGACCAAGGCCAUCGUGGUGGAGGUGAAGAGGAUGAGCGGCAACGACGGCUGCUGCGACUGUGGAGCAGACGGUCCCACCUGGCUGUCCACCAACCUCGGGGUGUUGAUCUGCAUCGAGUGCUCGGGGAUCCACAGGGAGAUGGGGGUCCACUACUCCAGGAUCCAGAGUCUGGACCUGGACGUCCUGGGAACAUCCGAGCUGCUGUUGGCGAAGAAUGUGGGAAAUGCCAGUUUCAACGAGAUCAUGGAGGCAGAUCUGUCGGCGCAGGACGUUUUCAAACCCGAUCCGAGCAGUGACAUGCAGGCGAGGAAGGACUACAUCACAGCCAAGUACACAGAGAAGCGCUUUGCUCGGCGGCUUUGUGCCGACGCUGCGUCCAGGCUGCAGGCUUUAUACGAGGCCGUCAGGAACAGAGACAUCCUGUCUCUGAUCCAGGUCUACGCUGAGGGGGUGGACCUGAUGGAGGCCGUCCCGCAGCCCAACGAACACGAACCUGGCGAGACGGUGCUCCACCUGGCGGUCCGCAUGGUGGACAGAAACUCCCUCCACAUCGUGGACUUCCUGGCUCAGAACAGCGGGAACCUGGACAAGCAGACGAGCAGAGGAAGCACAGCGCUGCAUUACUGCUGCCUGACCGACAACAGCGAGUGUCUCAAACUGCUGCUUAGAGGAAAAGCCUCCGUGUCCACCGUGAACGAAGCCGGAGAGACGCCACUGGACAUCGCCAAACGUCUGCGACACAUUCAGUGUGAAGAGCUGCUCACUCAGGCUCAGACUGGGAAGUUUAACGUCCAUGUCCACGUGGAGUACGAGUGGCGUCUCCAGAACGAGGACCUGGACGAGAGCGAGGACGAGAUGGAGGACAAGCCCAUCCCGAACCGCCGCGAGGAACGUCCAGUCAGCUGCUUCGUGCCGGGCGCUGGCCCCACGCAGCCCAACCUGGCGGCGUUGGCCCGGGACGCCGCCUCCCUUGUGCGGGACAAACACAAAAGGCCUCCGGUGCCCAGCACCAUAAUCAGCAACGAGACCUACGGCACCAUGCUGGACCUCAACCUGCUGCCGUCGGGGUCGACACCCCCGCUGCCGCCCAGAGGACCCCACAGAGGAUCCGGUCCCAGUAAACCUGUUGCAAUUGAAAAAGUGGACAGACAGCGGUCGUCAUCAGACCCCCCGAACCCCCCGGCCCCUGAGAGGAACUCCUCCGUGUACGUGCUCCCAGCAGUUCCUCCCCCUCCCCCCCCUCCUCCAGUGUACAGGAAGUCCAGUCUGUUGCAGACCAAGACCGUGUCGGCUCGGAACACCCCCCUCCCCCUUCUGCCUCCUCCACCAGCACUGAAACUCUCCCCCCCAGUGCCAGCAGUCCCGUCACCUCCCUCCGUACCACCACCCCCCCACUACAAAGCUCCACCUCUCCCCCCUCCUGUCCCCAGCCACAAGACCAGCAGAGCACCAGGACCUCUAGGACCACUAGGACCACCAGGACCACUAGAACCACUAGGACCACCAGGACCACUAGAACCACUAGGACCACUAGGACCACUAGAACAACUAGGACCCAAAUCCCCCAAAUCCCCCAAAUCACCCACCGGAUCAGUUAAACAACCACCACAGAGACCUCCUGUCAGGACCUGGUCUGUGGAAAGACGAGGUUCUCAGUCCAGAUCCCCCCAGACUCCGGCUCCUCCGACACCCAAACCCAGAACCACUUUCUCCAAGCUGAAGCCUCAGAGAGUGAAGGCCAUCUACAACUGUUCAGCUGAUAAUCCAGACGAGUUGACCUUCAGUGAGGGGGAGGUGAUCGUGGUGGAGGGGGAGGAGGACAGCGAGUGGUGGGUCGGACACGUCGAGGCGGAUCCGACCAGACAGGGAGCGUUUCCUGUGACCUUCGUCCACUUCAUCUCCGAGUGACGGACGAGUCGCGGCGUCCGGCUGACGGACAGACACAGACCGGACAAAGACUCCGGGUCGUCGUCAAGGACCCGAACGACGCUUUCUUCCGUCUGACACUUUGGUCCAAACGUUUGCUCUCAGACGAGCGCUGAAGCCCGAGGGAACCAUGUUGUUGUUGUUGUUUUUCUUCUUCUUUUCAAGCUCAAAGAACUUUGUUUUAAAUUCUUGUGGAAAUCUCAAAGUUUCCCAAGAAAAUCUUCCUGGAUUUAUUUUUGAUGCAGCAGAAAGUAUUAAAUUCAUUUGAAUAUUUAUCCCCAUGGAAACGCAGUGUGGCCAAACGUAUGCGGACAGUGGAGGCUCUUAUAGAAACAUAAUGUGGAGCUUCCUGUUUAUUAGAGAAGUUUGAUUCUUUGAUCUUAUAACAAACUGUCUCAUUAAAAACCAAAGACAUUUUACUGUU